CUUAGAUUAAAAGUAACUAUAAAAGGGGACUUAUCGUCUGAUUUGAUUUAUUUGUGAACAUACGUCUAGAAACCGCUCACAAUGGCCUACCUCGGUAAAGUUUACAAGUUCGACCGCGAAGAGAACUUCGACGGAUUCCUUAAGAGUAUCGGUCUCUCCGAGGAGCAGGUCCAGAAGUACUUGCAGUACAAGCCCAGCAGUCAGUUAGUGAAGGAGGGAGACAAGUACAAAUACAUCUCUGUCUCCAGUGAUGGUACCAAGGAAACCGUGUUCGAGUCUGGAGUAGAGACUGACGAUGUGGUCCAGGGUGGACUACCGAUCAAGACCACGUACACAGUUGACGGUAACACAGUGACACAGGUUGUCAACAGCGCCCAGGGAUCUGCCACCUUUAAGAGAGAAUACAACGGCGACGAGCUUAAAGUGACCAUUACCAGUUCAGAGUGGGACGGCGUCGCAUACAGAUACUACAAGGCUUAAUUUUAUUGUUAUUUAAUUUAUUGUUAUGUUAAAUAUAUAAUUUUAUAGUUAUUUUUAAA